GAUGAUGAUGAGCAUCCCCCAUGUCUGACCUGUUCCGCUGAGAUAAGGAGUAUCUCAUGACGGGCCUUCUCGAUACCCUCCUUGGUGCCGGUGACGCGGAUGUUGGCGCUGGGGUCGUCUGGGCGUGGAAUAGCGAUCUUGGUGGCCGUCUUCAGCUCCAACUCUUGCAACUUCUCACCAUUCUUACCGAUGACAAAGCGAUGGUGCUCCUUGGGGAUGCCCACUGUGGCUGAGGCCUAGGGUUUGUUGGGAAAAAAAAAAAAGUGCAUUCACUAAAAAUGGAACAAGACAAACUGUAACUUUUCUGACUUUACCUGAGUCUGCAGUCGUGCUACAAUUUCCUUUCGAGCCUUCAUCACAGAGUCCAGUUUUCCAGUGACCAUGAUGGAUAGGCCCUGGUCUUUCGCCAGGGACAGCUCAAUGUGGGCUCCUGUCCGCUGCAUGAUGUCCAAGCACACUUUAGCCUCUUCACCUUCCCCAAACUGGCUGUUGUCCUUGUAGCGACGCUCCUCGAGGGGCACGUGGAACACCUGAAGACAUCGCAGGCCAAUUGUGAAUGACGAGUGUCGUUGGAUGCCGUCGCCGGCAAACUGACCUGCGUGAUGACGGAAGCUUUGAUGGGUCUAAUUUUGCCCCCCCAGGCAGGAGCCACCUCUCCAGCCUUCUCCCCCGGUGCACCUUUCUCUGGCAAUGGCGGGAAGGCCUCCAAGUAGGUGGGGAUGUAGGCCUCAUCCUCUGGGACGCCGCCUGCAUCGGAAAGGCCACUGCGGUGCUCCGCAAAGCUCUCAGGGGUCAACACUGCCACUGAGCUCAUAGUUCAAGACUUAUUCCUCGAUUCCACUGAAAUAAGGCAUUUCACGCUCCUCUGAAUGUAUCCCAGGGCUUUACCUUAAUUCACAACUGCAAGGUGACAUGCUGCCAACAACAACAUCAAGGUGUGGAUGACCUGUUCAGGAGAACAUUCAGAGCCUGGACUCUGAUUUGAAGCACCUCACCAGAGAAGGCAUCCUCCCGCACUCACCAUGUUCACACAGGAAGCAUCUCAGCAAUCUGCAUCCCAGUCAACUGAGGUCAAACCUCGUCCGGACAUCCCCCCGAAACCGACCGAACGAACUGCCUCCCUUCCACCUUGUGAUGAGAGCGAACGCUCUUCCAGCCCCUCCAGUGUGAACGUGAAGAGGAUCGUAAACAAGUUCACCAAAAGCAAGGUUACGCUGGACAAAAGCGCAGAGAGCGUGGAGCCACGGAUACCCAUGAGAAAGCAGCCUGUGAUAAAACCAAAACCCUCCGUCACAAGCGGGCCGCCUCCACUGCCCAAGAAGAGGACCCGCCUCCCGCAUGUGAAGAGCACGGAUUCGGAGGACGCUGACAGUGUCUGCAGCGAACAAAGUCGAUCAGAGCCUGAUGGGAAAGAGGUGGAGGCUCAGUCGGCCGGGAAAGAGGAGAGCGAGGAUGGUCCAGACAGCACUUUGGGUUCCUGCUGCGACCCGAGUUGCAGCUGUGUGUGCCACAUCCAGCGACCCGGCAUGAAGCUGGUGUGGGUGCCAGUGAAAGGGGAGGACGACAGUGUGGGUGCAGAGGAACAAUGCAGCAUCUCCGAGGAGGAGGAGGUGAAGGAGCAGCAGGAGGAGGAGCAAUUGAAGGAUGACGAGAACCAUGUAGAGGAGGAAGAGAAGUGCAACGAGGAAGUAGCUGAGGUCGAGGAGGUCGAGACGGAGAUAGAAAAGAAAAAGUUCCACAACUCGUUGGAUGCUUUAAUCGGCGAGCUUCACAAAAAAUGCUCAGAACCUGGACCUCACUUUACUCCGUUUGUUUCCCCAAAACAGAACCAGCUAGUGCCAGUCAACAACAAUACCCCCCAAGAAGAAAAAAAUGAAGGUAUUUAUGAGUCCGUCAUCUGUACGGUUGAUCCCGGUCAGAGUAAGAAAACCACUCAUGAAGUGGAUGCUCCUCAAGUGAAGUUGCCCUUACCAGCUCGCCGCUCUAAGCCUCCAGAGAUCCAGCUGGACGGCGCUUCAGGAUCAGGGGCGGAUGAUGUCCCGCCUGCCAUCCCGCCUCGCAUACCCAUUACUCAGGACUUUCGUUGCCUCGUGCCCCAGGUUUCGGUAGAGGAGAGGAGCUUAUUGCGACCCUCACCCCCCAGCAGCAACGGCAGCACCCCACAGCACACCAGCCCCAUUCUGCCUCACAGAAACCUACUGCUACUUCCAAAGACGGAUCUCAACAAGGGCAACAGUCACACCGGUGCACAGAAAAAUGAAGGAGAUGAUGAAGGAGUGAAGGACGAGCCGACGGAAGAAGUGCUUCCCAUUCAGACAGAUGUUUCCAACAGCUGGAAGUCCCGGCUGCAGAAUGAGCCUUUGUACCAGACGUACCGAGCCACCGUCAUCACCAAGGAGAUCCGCCGGCAAACAGUUUGCAGGAACAUCAGCCAGACGAGCGCCGACUAUGCCAUGGACUUGCCGAGCCGCCGCAACGCCAAAACCAGCCCGAUGCCUGCAACACGCCAGAGCACCCUGUGGCGGGAGGUGCCAGCGGUGCAGGAAAGUGGCGUCCUGGAGCAGCUCACAGUUGAACAGUGCAAAUAUCAGGAAAGUAUGUUUGAGGUUUUGACAUCGGAGGCCUCCUACCUUCGGUCGCUCCAUGUGCUAACAGAACACUUCCUGGAAAAUCGGGAGUUAGAGGAGACGCUGGUCCUCAUGGACAAGAAAACCCUCUUUUCCAACAUCCUAAGAGUCCGCGAGGUCAGUGAGAGGUUCUUGAAGGACCUGGAGGAUCGCGUGUUUGAGACCAUUGUGUUCUCUGACAUCUGUGACAUCAUCCACUACCACGCGCAGCACAACUUCCCCGCCUAUAUCGACUACGUGCGCAACCAGAUCUACCAGGAGAAGACCUACACAAGACUCAUGAACAACAAGCAGUUUGCCACCAUCAUCAAUCGGCUCCAAGAGUCCCCACAGUGUCACCGGCUGCCGUUCACAUCCUUCCUGCUGCUGCCCUUCCAGCGUAUCACACGCAUCAAAAUGCUCAUUGAGAACAUCCUGAAAAGGACACAAGAGGGGACCAAAGAGGAGCGGAUGGCCUCCAAGGCUUUGACCUCUGUUUCAAAGAUCAUUGACGAGUGCAACACAGAGGUGGGGAAGAUGAAACAGAUGGAGGAGUUGAUCCUCAUCUCUAAAACUCUGGAGUUUGACAAGCUAAAGGCCAUUCCCAUCAUCUCCCAGACUCGAUUUCUGGAGAAGAAGGGAGAGCUGCAGGAAAUGUCCCGAGGAGGAACCGUCUUCAACAUGAGAGUCAAGUUCAAUCCCAUCUACCUCUUUCUCUUUAACGACCUGCUCAUCAUUACUGCCAAUACGGUCAAGAGAGGUGCCGAGCGCUUUGUGGUGUUGGACUACGCCCAUCGGUCUCUGGUGCAGGUGCAGCCCCUGGAAGAGGAGAGAAGCAGCGGGCCCUAUGAGAACUGCUUCACUCUCAUUCUGCUGGAGAACCACAAUGGGCGCAUGAUGGAACGCCUCAUCAAAGCACCGUCCCAGCCAGACAUGCAUAGGUGGAUGGCGGCCUUCCCAAGCAAGGAGGAAGAUGAUGUCGUCUAUGACGUCUGGGACUGUCCUCAGGUGCAGUGUGUGGAGCAGUACGUGGCACAGCAGGCCGACGAGCUCAGCCUGGAGCCCACUGAGAUCGUCAACGUCAUCCGCAAAACCAACGAGGGCUGGUUUGAGGGGAUCCGCCUGUCAGACGGUCAGAAGGGUUGGUUCCCUGAUAACCACAUCAUCGAGAUCACCAAUGAGCACGUGAGGAGGCGCAACCUGAAGGAGCGCUACAGAGUCAUUCAGGCGGCUAGCGUGGUGGCCAACAACAAAAGCCGCGUCUUGAACUAGGGACCUUUUUUAAGGGUGACAUUUUACAUUGACUUUUUUUUUUUUUAUCUCCCUACUUACAGUGAUUAGUGAUGACGCGAUGGACAUGAUCAUCACUCUAAACUUGAACCGGACUGUUUCAAGGAGACCCUGUACAGAGAACAUCCUUUUAAUGUGUGAUUGUGUGUGUGUCAUAGCAACCACAUUGUAAACAAGUCAAACACACAACAACAAAAGCAGCACAAACUGUAAAAUCCAACAAAAAGAUUCUUCCUGUUAUGUUCGGAAGUGAAAAAAAACUGCAUAUUAGCCACCUUGCGUAAGAUUAUUUCUGUAAAUAGACAACGUGCUGCUAGCAGGUUUACAACACACAAUAAAAGUGUAACUAGAAUAUGAAUAUGAAGUAAUAGUUGAAGAUGUCAAAUGUGCACAUGAACCAUUGAACCAUUGUCUGAUGCCUCCCGGGCAAACUAAUUGUUAUGAGGACUUAAGGGAAGUCCUAAAUAGGUAAAAAAGGUAGGGGAAGAGGUAUGAGGUACUCCUCAUAGAUCUCCACUGCAUCUAUCAGCAUGACCUCCAUCCGUUCUGGUUUGCAGCUAUGAGGUUCUUCUGUCCCUCCAUCAGGACACCUUUGAAACACACCUGUGCCCUCGUCUCCCACACCAAAGCCUCCCAAGAGGGUGUGAGCUGCCUCAAGCUCAGCAUCGGACCAUCUUCCAUUUUCCUCGUCAUGUCCUGCUGCUGAGCCGGAAUACUCCCCGAGGCCGCUGGUGUCCCCGCACCACAAUGAAGCCUCCGCAGUGCUGGUUGAUUCCACAUCCACCUUGUGGUGCAAUUCUAUGGAACAAGUGAUGGCCAGGAUCUCAGCCCCAUUCAGCUGGAUGACCCCCUGGGUUAGACCACCUAACGGACAGACAUUGGAGCUACCCGGCUCUCUCUGCUUUGGAUCUGCUUGCUUUGGAGCUUCACGCGAGGACACAAUCGGCGGUGGAGUGUUGAGCUGAAAUGAACUCAACUCCAACUAGAAAGAAGUGGGAAUUUUCAGGUGAGCGAUCUUGCCGAGAAACUGUUGAAAAAUUCCCUGUCUUGGAAUGCUAACAAUCUGGAUCUACACUAUAUUUACCGGGGUUUUCCAUGGCAGUCGGUAAUUACAGCAAGAUAUUGGGUGUAGACUGAUGACACCUUUUGGAAUGAGCUCCCAAAUGUACUCUGUGUUGAAUGUUUUGUGACAUCAGGAUUACGUUUUGUCAACUUUUGGAACUCACGGGUACGCAUCUCUUGUUCACAUACUCACCCAAACUAACUGCAUUUUUGUAUAAAUCUAAUAUCCUGUGAA